UUAAUGAAAAAAUAUCUCCAAAUAUUUUCGAAUUAAGCAAAUUUUCCACAGCUGCAAAAGACCUCUCGCAUGCUUCUUUUUAAAGAAGAAAACUUGUUAUUGGUGAUAGCCGCGAUGUUCCCACUGGAUAUUUCGAAACUUUUUUAACGGAAAAUGAUAAUUUUUGCCGAAAGUACACGAACUAUUGACGGAAAGGACGCAAAAUGUUGAAGAAGCGCGACAUUUUACGUGCUUGUCAUUGAUAAAUUUAAUGGUAUAAUUGAAUAUUUUAAUAUAGUAAUUUGAUUACAUCUAUUGAUUGAAAUGAAAGUUACGUCAAAUAUAAAUAAUGUCACCUCAAUUGAUCUAUUUAGCUUUACAUCGAAAUUUGAAAGUGCUAUUCUUAUAAAAAGCCAUAAUAUUAUGUCUAUUUCUACAGGAAUAACAAGUACAAAUAUCAUACAAUGUACUAUAAUUGAUAUCUGUCAAAAUUAAAAUGUAAUUAUAAAUUAUCAUGAUCAUUUUGGAACUAUGUUCUCUAUAGCUUCAGGGAUGUGAUUGUCUCGACGGGUUGACCUGCAAUCCUGUAACAAAGACAUGCUCAGUAACAGAAUGCUCGAAGAUUGUGGCAACCAAUGCUGAAAUAUUUGGUAACAUGCACUCUAUCGGUUCACGUGUAAAAUUCAGGUGUAACCCGGGAUACGUUGACGUGACGAACGUUGAUGUGACAAACGUAAUGAAUGCUGUUUGUGAAGCAUCCGGUCAAUGGUCAUACCUACCAAACUGUAUCAGAGAUUGCGGUACAGUUCCUAACAUUGCAAACGCUCAGGUGAUCAGCGGUGGUGUUACAACGACAGAGGGCGCAGUUGUACAAUACGAAUGUCUAUCAGGGUAUUCAUUCAACGGUAAUCCGGGUUACUUGACGUGCACAGCAGACGGUAUAUGGUUUGAUCAAGCUAGUGUCGUCUGCGUUCCAUUGAUAAGUAUUGGAGGCUCAUGUAGCAGUCAUUCAGACUGCACACUAACAAACGGAGUUUGUGAUGGUGAAAGUGGUAAAUGCUUUUGUAGCCCUUUAUACCGUUACAAGCCGGAAAUUAACGAUUGCUUCCAAGAAUGCACCUCUUUCACUAGUACAUUUACAGCCUUUGCGAAUACUGGCGUGUAUGGCUACAACGCUUUAGGUUCUUCUUCUAUUGAUACUCCAAGUCAAUGCGAAGAUUUAUGUAGGAGUGAUCCUAAUUGUCUCUCGUUUGAGGUAUGGGAAGACGAUGGCAGCCUUAGAUGUAACAGAGGGACAGUAGCUUACUUAAAUAUACUCGAUGGUGAUCCGGGCAGUGUGCUCACUGGUGAAUCCUGGAUCACUAUUUAUAACAGAGACUGUAUAUAAUACUACUGAAACAAACUGGCCGUGCUACGUUGCCUAGUCGGGAUAAAUUUCAAAUUUUAUACAUUUUGUAAUUAUGAAGUAUUCACUGUUCUAUUUCUGACAUGCACACUAGAACAAUGUACAUUAAAAUUCUCGGUUCCAAAUUAUAUCGACUAUAUUUAACUUUUGGCUCUAAGUUUAGGAGCAAACGUAAGCCUCUUUAUGGUACAAUGAUUAUGGAAGAGGUAUACUCAGCAUUCGAGUGAAUACUUGGAGAGGAUUGUAUAUUCAGUGGAUGCCCAUCGGCUUUACACGGUCACUUUCAGAAAUGGUUUUGUUGAAAUGAAAUAAAUAGUAUAUAUAAUUUUCCCCCAUGAUAUAUCAUGUUCGUAUUCAUAAUGUGGUCAUUCGGAACACCUUAUCGAUAACAAAUUGUUACUGGAAGCUGCGAUGGUAAUGAUGCCUCAUUUAUUAACUGACUUACUGUUUGCAGACCACCAAUACCUGUCUAGGAAGCUCUGUCAAAUGGAUAACGCCAAACAUUUCAUGAAAGUUUCGAAAACAAGGCUGUGCAGGCAUGAGCUAGUUUAUGUUAUGAUGCGUUUUCCAUCAUGGCUGACUGUAAUAAGUACAGACACAGUAAUAAAAAUCUUGAAUGAAUUAUUUUUUCUCGGGGUCCAAAAUGAUCUAAGUGUGAAUAAUAUACAUAUCUUACAAAUUUAAAUUAUGAUUAUGCACUAUGUGGAAAUUGCAUAUGGUAUAUAUACAGUGCAUACAUAUACACUUCACAUAUUUUCUACAUAUACUAUAUUAUGAAUUACACAUUUGUAAACGAUUGACGGAUUAAUAAAUAAUUCUCUUCUUAACAUUAAUAGAUAGCCAUGCCAUAUGAAAUAUUGUAAAUAUUCACACUAAGCAUUCGAUAACAGCAUGCAUAAUGAAUUUGAUUUUUAUGCAUUUCAAGAAUCGCAUAUCAGUAAAUGUAGUUUAUAUCUAUAAAAUAAUAAAAUAAUCCUUGAACUUAUUGUGUUGUUCAUUUAAGUUUACAUUGUUUAUCUCUCUUGGCAAUAUCUUUGACAGUUUUACACUUUAGCAAA